UCCAGGCUAUUUCUUCAUAGACAAAAAAAAAACAAAACAUCAAUAUUUAACUGUUUGGAAACAAAGCAUCACUUAAAAUCCUCUCAAACUCCUAAUUCCAAAGAAUUGAUAACAUUUUCCUGAUCAAGAAAAGAAGUGACUGACUACGUGUUAAAAGUAUUCUGGCGUUGAUCCUGGUUUUCUCCCUCCCUAAAUUUGAAGAAGCAUGGAGAAAUGGUACUUGAUGACAGCUGUGGUCUUAAUAGGACUGACAGUACGGUGGACAGUUUCCCUUAAUUCUUAUUCAGGUGCUGGCAAACCCCCUAUGUUUGGUGAUUAUGAAGCUCAGAGACACUGGCAAGAAAUUACUUUUAAUUUACCCAUCAAACAAUGGUAUUUUAACAGCAGUGAUAACAAUUUACAGUAUUGGGGAUUGGAUUAUCCACCUCUUACAGCUUAUCAUAGUCUUUUAUGUGCAUAUGUGGCCCAGCUUAUAAAUCCAGACUGGAUUGCUCUCCAUACAUCGCGUGGAUACGAGAGUCAGGCACAUAAGCUCUUCAUGCGUGCCACAGUGUUAAUUGCUGAUUUGCUGAUUUACAUACCUGCAGUGGUUUUGUACUGUUGUUGUUUAAAAGAAAUCUCAACUAAGAAAAAGAUUGCUAAUGUGUUAUGCAUAUUGCUGUAUCCAGGCCUUAUUCUUAUCGACUAUGGACAUUUUCAGUAUAACUCCGUGAGCCUCGGCUUUGCCCUGUGGGGUGUCCUCGGCGUGUCCUGCAACUGGGACCUGCUGGGCUCACUGGCCUUUUGUCUGGCUGUAAAUUAUAAACAGAUGGAACUGUACCACUCCUUGCCAUUUUUUUGCUUUUUACUUGGCAAGUGUUUUAAAAAGGGCCUCAAAGGAAAGGGGUUUGUACUGUUCAUUAAGCUGGCUUGCACUGUGCUGGCGUCCUUCGUCCUCUGCUGGCUGCCGUUCUUCACAGAAAGGGAACAGACCCUGCAGGUCCUAAGAAGACUCUUUCCCGUUGAUCGUGGAUUGUUUGAGGAUAAAGUCGCCAAUAUUUGGUGCAGCUUCAGUGUCUUUCUGAAGAUCAAGGAUAUUUUGCCACAUCACAUCCAGAUACUAAUCAGCUGCUGUUUUACGUUUUUGAGCCUGCUUUCUGCAUGUAUAAAAUUGACACUUCAGCCCUCUCCCAGAGUAUUCAGAUUUACUCUGGUUAGCUGUGCACUGUCAUUCUUUUUAUUUUCUUUCCAAGUACAUGAAAAGUCCAUUCUCUUGGUAUCAUUACCAGUCUGCCUAGUUUUAAGUGAAAUUCCUUUUAUGUCUACUUGGUUUUUACUUGUGUCAACAUUUAGUAUGGUGCCUCUUCUAUUGAAGGAUGAGCUCCUAAUGCCCUCAGUUGUGACAACAAUGGCAUUUUUUAUAGCUUGUGCAACUUCCUUUUCAAUAUUUGAAAAGACUUCUGAAGAAGAACUGCACUUGAAGUCCUUUUCCAUUUCUGUUAGGAGAUAUCUCCCACGUUUUACAUUUCUUCCCAGAAUUAUACAACAUUUGUUUCUUAUCUCAGUAAUCACUAUGGUCCUUCUGACACUGAUGACUGUCACACUGGAUCCUCCUCAGAAAUUACCGGACUUAUUUACUGUAUUGGUUUGUUCUGUGUCCUGCUUGAACUUCCUGUUCUUUUUGGUGUACUUUAACAUUAUAAUCAUGUGGGAUUCCAAAAAUGGAAGAAAUCAGAAGAAAAUCAACUAGCUCUAUUCCCAGAUGUGAAAAAUGUUAACAGCGCUAAAAGGUUUUGUGAUCUUUUGCUAUGUGUAAAUGAAAUCAUCAUUUUGAGAAUCAUGGACUUACAUGAAGAGAUGGUGACAAGUCACUGUUGUCUAUGCAAAAUAAAUGUGUACAGGACCAAAGCCCAUGGAGGCUUUCAUUUCUAACUCUUGAGUGGUCAAGACAUUGUAGCUUUAUUAA